GUCCGUGCGUUCCAAGUGAGAUUUUGGGGUUGCAGAUGGGUACAUCGAAAUGCAUCUUAGGUAAUAGUACGGUACUUCAGCAAUUUUACUUCAACAUUGGAACCUUUUUUUCUUUCCUUUUCUUUUUUUGCGAAUCACGAUAAACCUCUCCAACAUGGAUAAAUUAGUAUGGCGAAAAGCUGCAAAGGCCACAGCAUCCUUCCGACCAGCACCCACAAAGAUAAUAUUCCUCAAUCAACCCCGCCUCGUCCGAUAUGCUAGCACAGUCCCGUCGAUUACGCAGCCAUCGUUUUGGAAGAAUAUGAUACCGAAACCAUUCCGACGCUCACAACAACAAUCUGUGAACUGGGGUGUGCCUAAGAAACCCAAGUCAAAAGAAUGGAAUCCAGCUACAUUCUAUAUCGUCAUCUUCCUCUUCAUUGGAUCCAUGGCUAUCCAGAUGAUCGCACUGAGGAAGGACUUUGAUACGUUCAUGAGGCGGUCCGAGGUUCGCAUUGGGUUGCUACGUGAGGUCGUAGAAAAACUACAAAGAGGCGAGGAAAUUGAUGUCGAGAAAACCUUGGGCACUGGUGAUGCCGAGAAAGAGAAAGAGUGGGAGGAAGUACUCAGAGAAAUCGAACGCGAAGAUAUCCUCAAGAAUACGACGAAACCCGAAAAGUCAACCCAACCCGUGGCAGAUUCCGUAAAGGCUGAGUCCAGUAGUCCAACCGUUGCGGAAAUGAAGGAGCAUCCUAAGACGAAGACCGGAAGCUACUCGAGUUUUUUCUAAUCUAUAAAUUAUAUUGUAGGUUGCA